GUGUGUGUGUGUGUGUGUGUUUACUUCAUGUACAGACAGAACCCACACCACUUUAUUUCCCACACACUGUAGUAUGAAUUGAACAGAACUCGGAUUCUUCAGGUUUCCCCUCUGGAAGGAAGAAGGAUGACGGCAUCUACAGACGUGGCAACGAUGAAGAUCACACCUGAGGUGCUACAGGAGCUGUUGCGCUACUACAACCUGUCUCGUCAGGAGUUCAUCCACACCUACAACAUCCGGCCGCUGGUGUACGUCCCCGAGCUGCCGGCCGGAGCCAAGGCCACCUUUGUGAUCAUGUACACACUGAUCUUCCUGCUGGCGCUGGUGGGAAACAGUCUGGUGGUGUGUGUGGUGGUGAGGAAGGGCUCGAGUCAGAGCGCCACCAGCAUCUUCAUCUGCUCUCUGGCUAUCAGUGACCUGCUCAUCACCUUCUUCUGCGUCCCCUUCACACUCCUGCAGAACAUCUCAGCUCAGUGGCUCGGAGGUGUGUUGGUGUGUAAGACAGUCCCAUUUGUCCAGACCACAGCGAUCGUGACGGGGAUUCUCACUAUGACAUGUAUUGCAGUGGAGAGAUACCAGGGCAUCGUCCAUCCCCUGAAAAUGAAGAGACAGUACACGCCCCAGCGAGCCUACAGAAUGCUGGGCUUGGUGUGGCUGAUCUCAGUCAUGGUGGGAUCGCCCAUGCUGUUCGUCCAGCAGUUAGAGGUGAAAUAUGACUUCCUGUAUGAGAAUCAUCACGUGUGCUGUCAGGAGCUGUGGAGCUCAGAGCUUCAGAGGAAGACUUACACCACCUUCAUCAUGGUGGCUCUGUUCCUGCUGCCUCUGGCCUCCAUGUUGUUCCUCUACACAUGCAUCAGCAUCCAGCUGUGGGUCCGCAAGAGGGUGGGGGACACCUCCGUCAUCCACACCAUCAACCACACCCAGAUCAACAAGAUCUGCAGGAAGAAGAAACGUGCGGUGAAGAUGAUGAUCACCAUCGUGCUGCUCUUCACCAUCUGCUGGGCUCCUUUCCACACCGUCCACAUGCUGUUUGAGUACAAUAAUCUGGAGCAGCAGUAUGACGAGGUGACCCUGAACGUGAUCAUGGCUGUGGUUCAGGCCAUCGGUUUCUCCAACUCCUUCAACAACCCCAUCGUUUAUGCCUUCAUGAACGAGAGCUUUAAGAAGAGCUGCGUCUCGGCCGUGUCCUCGUUCCUGCACAAGACCAGAGUGCGCAACGUCAGAGUUCACUUCACCAAACCUCGUCUAAUCAACAGCGCUAAUGCUAACACCAACAGCACCGAACUCCAUGAGCAGACCACCUGAGUAUCAUGGAAUGUGUGUGUGUGUGUGUGUGUGUGUGUGUGUGUGGUGAUCGUUCAUGUUCACUGUCACCCUUUUACUGAGGUCCAUUCAGGUGGAGGCUGCCUGCCUAGGGCACAUCUCUGAACGCCAAGACAACAUAAAACAGCUGUUUCUGUAAGAAACUUAUUUUCUAUCUCAUGUUUUUUUGUGGGAGGCACGGUGUCUUAGUGGUUAGCACGUUCACCUCACACCUCCAGGGUUGGGGGUUCGAUUCCCGUCUCCACCUUGUGUGUGUGGAGUUUGCAUG